AAGAUAUUCAGGUACAACUCAACCAACCACUUAAAAGACUCCAGCAGGACGUGCAGACUCGCUGGAAUAGUACCUUCUACAUGUUACAGUCUCUCAUUGAGCAGAAGAGGGUUCUUGGAAUAUAUGGAUCUGAACAUGAGCUUCCAGAAAAUCUUACAGCUCACCAGUGGGCAGUUUUAGAAAAAGCUAUUGCUGUCCUGGCUCYGUUUGAAGAGUUGACACGAAAAGUAAGCUGCUCUGAUGCAUUGGUGUCAGACGUCAUCCCUGCUGUGACCGUGCUUCUGAGACUUUUAAACAAAGACACUGGUGAAGAUCACGGGAUCAAAACAAUGAAGUCCACUUUGGCUGCAGCUGUCAAGAGGYGCUUCACUGAUGCCGAGAAAAACCCCCUCUACUGCAUCUCAACUGUACUGGAUCCAAGGUACAAAGAUCGUUUUUUUUCAACCACCAACGUUGCAACAGACGCCAAGGAUAUGCUGAAGGCAGAGCUGCAGAGGGUUUCCACAGGACAGCCAAAGGAGGAGGAUCUGGGAGAGCCACCUGCAAGAAAGCCUCGCAGGACACAAGCUUGCAGCAGUCUGGACAGUGUGUUUGAAGAGAUCACAGAKGAGCAAGAGUCAUCUUCACUGAGCCAAGCACCAGUUGGUGCUGCAGUUCAGUUAGAGACCUACCUUGGAGAGCCUACAMCUGCUCGGGAAGACGACCCACUGCAGUUCUGGGGAGUUAAUAAAGUGAGGUUCCCUGAGUUGGCUAAACUAUCCCAGAGGUACCUCUCAGCUCCAUGUAGCAGCGUUGAAAAAAUUCAGGGCAUUGGCACCUACAGCAGACCUUCAUCCGACACCGGUCCCUCCGUUUUCAGCCACAAUCUUCAACUGACUCCGCAGCUUGCCAGCCUCUCCCACGUUGCACAACAAGCCAUCCUUAACAGCCUUGCCCCUCGCACCCUCUCAGCAUAUCUGACAGGCUGGCUCAGCUUCAAAUCAUACCACGUAAUGUACAAUUUACCUUUUCCCACUCUCCAUACCAUGUCCACCUGUCAUUUCAUCACCCAUUCACAUUCCACUCUUCGAAUUCGCAUUUCCAACAUCCGAACUUACCUUUCAGGUAUCAAUUUUUUCUUUAAGCUGGCCACAGGCAACUCCUGUCCAGCCCUUAGCCACAGACGCAUAGCCAUGCUGCUCAAAGGACUUAAAAAGCAGGAGCCCCCUUCACUCCCACGCCGUCUUCCGCUCACCACCGAUCUCCUCACAUGCUGCAUCCUCACCCUGUGCUCCGGCCAUACAUCUCCGUUCGUAGACCUUACACUACAAUGCAUGUUUCUGUUGCCUUUCUUCAGUUUCCUUCGCUGCUCCGAAUUCGUCCCUUCUGCCUCCAAACACGACCCUUCCAUCCACCCGUGUCUCUCAGACAUUCCUUUCCUCAGUCAGGACACCCUGAUUUACAAACUCAGGAAAAGUAAAACCGACCAGCUCGGAACUUCUUUUCCUAUUCACAUCUUUCGUCUCAGCUCCUUUCUCAGCCCCUACAAACCUCUCGCCCAUUACGUGCAAACUCGCAUUAGAGCUAAUGCUUCUCCCCUCGACCAUCUGUUCAUUACAAAAUCCGGCUGCCAGGCCAUCCGUUUCUGGUUCGCCAAACACUUCCAUCAAAUCCUCAGCAAAUCAGGCAUUUCUCCAGCCCUUUAUUCCAUCCACUCCUUUCGCAUAGGAGCUG